UGUUGUUUACCUCGGUCGACGCCGAUCAUUGUAUCGUAAUUCUCCGUUAAAUUAAUGCGAUUUCGCGUAAGUGUGGCGUGCCGUUAAGCUCCUAACAUCUCGAGGAUUUCGUCUGUGCGGUCAGUUUGUCUCUUAUGUCCGCCGGUGUGCUUAUAUCUGUCUAUUUUUCUCCCUCCCGACGUGCGCACUAUACACGAUUCUAUGAGCGGAAACGGGGUUUGAUAAUUAAACUGUUUGCUGAAAACUGGAUCUACGGUAGGACAUCCUAAUUAUGGCAAAAGUUACUACAUGUGUCCAUUGUAUCCAAAGGGAUGUAACUACGUAGCAAAAGCAAGCAUUCCACCUAGGUUCUGUUCUAGGCAUAAAAAUAAAAUUAUAGAAUUGCAAGUAUUUAAAGAUUUGUUGGCUUCUGGCGAGAAAAGACAUUAUCUUCGAUGUAAAGAAGGUAAAGAUGAUUCUGGAAAGUAUUGUGAAAUUCUUGUAUCAAAAGUUCAGGAUGAAACUAAAUCAUUUCAAGUGAAGGAAAGUAAAGAUGAUGUGGCUGGAAAAUCAUCUAGUCAGUGUUGUUCGAAUGAUGAUGAUAAAACAAAACUAGUGGUCAAAGAACAAAAUAAAACAGUGCCAUUUCGUGAAAAUGAAAACAAUGCUAGUUUCAGAAAUCCUUCAUCAGUUUUAUCAAGUUCAUCAUCCGAUGAUGAGUCUGAUAGAGAAGAAGACAGUGCGCCGUCUGCUUUGGCAUCGGACAAAAAAGAAGAAUGUUCUCUUCCAUCGACAGGUUUGGGCAUUUCUGAAGAUUGGAGAAAGUUGCAAAUUGAAUUAGAUAGAAGAAAGAAAGUCUACAAUAGCAGUAAUGUCGCCAUCCUUCCCGAUAAAGGUGCUCGCUUAAAAGUCGCAAUAGAUCAGUUAGAAUUAAGAAUAAAUAAUUUGAAAUUAAUUGAAGGGAAACAAAAAACAGCAAAAGAACAAUGUGUCAUUCAUAAGGAUGGUAAAUCAGAAGAAGGAACUGUAUAUGUGGAUAUGAUACAGAAAGAGCAUCCAGUAAUGGUUAAAGAAUCUUCUGAAUCGAAACUCUCUCUAGAUGUACAGGAACGAACAAAAAUGACUUUACCAAAAUAUUCUGACUUAGGAAAAACUCCAAAAGAAAAUAUUUUAUGGAAUAACUACAUGAUGCAGUUUGUCGGAGAUGCUGAAAUGAGAACAAGAAUAAGAAAUGUCAUGUCCGAAUUACAGAAUUCCCGUUCUUUUUGUCCGAAAAAUAACUGUCUUGAAGAAACACCAAAAAGUCUUCUGAUUCCUUUACUUCCACAUCAACGAUAUGCCCUUUCCUGGCUCCUGUGGAGAGAACGUCACUAUCCACAUGGAGGAAUUCUUGCCGAUGAUAUGGGUCUAGGGAAGACGAUAACAAUGAUAGCCCUGAUAUUGAAACAAAAAGAAUAUGAAUCACAAGAGCAAGGAGCAACUUCUAAACAACUUUGUCCCGGAUUGUCUUUGAUUGUGUGUCCAGCUUCAAUUAUCCAUCAUUGGAGUAAUGAAAUUUUCAACCACUGCAUAGAUGAAGCUGUUAGAGUAUACAUAUAUCAUGGUCCCAAUAGGAUUAGAAGUGCCCAAAGAUUAUCAGAGUAUGAUGUUGUGAUUGUCACGUAUGAUACACUUUGCAGUGAAAUUAAAGAAAAUAAAGCAAAAAAUAAGAGUGCAUCACCUAGAAGUAAGAAAGUACAAGAAAAGUCUCCUAUCUUGUGUAUAAAAUGGGAGAGAAUAAUUCUGGACGAAGCUCAUAGAAUCAAAAACUAUAAAACGAGAACGGCCCAAGCCAUUUGCACGUUGAAUGCCAAAUAUCGCUGGGCAGUUACCGGCACUCCCAUUCAUAACAAUCUAUUCGACCUUUAUUCUUUAAUGAAAUUUCUUCAUUUCUUUCCUUUUGAUGAAUUGAAAUUAUGGAAAAAAUACAUAGAAAUAAAUACAGAUACUUUUGGUAAUCUCUUUAAAGUUUUGAUGAAUUUUAUUCUCUUGAGACGUUUGAAAGAUCAGACUGAUGAGAAAGGAAAUUGUUUGAUUAAUCUACCUCCGAAAGAAAUGAUAACCAUCAAACUACAGUUAUCGGUCAAAGAGAGAAAAGUGUAUGACAAAUUUUUCAAGUUCUGUCAAUCGACUGUGGCUACUUUUCGUUACGAACAAGAAUUGAAAAAGAAUGAAGGUCUGAUGAUGUCUCAAUCCAACAUUCAAACAAAAGAUAAAGUAGAGAAUGCCGGAAUUCAAGUUAACAAAUCGUUCAUACUGGUGAUUCUUUUGAGGUUGCAACAGUGUUGUUGUCAUCUGAGUUUAUUACAAAAGGUUGCCAAGUACGAAAUAUUUUGGACUGAAGAUGAAAAAGAGGAGAAAAUGUUUGAACAGAUGGAAGCGUUGUCUCUAAACAAUGUCAAAAAAUCUAUGGAUUCCAAGGACAUGCCAUUACACAGUUUAUUUUGUGGAAUAAGCAACGAUUUACCUCCUGACGUUUCAUCAACCCAGAAACAAACUUUGGAUGCCGACUUUAAACCAAAUGCACCAAGUACAAAGGUAUUAGCAAUACUAAGUGAAUUAGAGAAGAUAAGAAAUAGAAGUGAAGAUGGUGUAAUGGAGAAAUGCGUAUUGAUUUCGCAAUGGGUGUCCAUGUUGGAAAUCGUGGCGGAACACAUCAACAAAGCAGGUUAUCGAUACAGUAUGAUUAAAGGAGAUGUAAACGUAGAAGCAAGGACAAAAAUAGUUGAAGAAUUCAACAACGAUCCCCAAGGAGCAGAAAUACUGUUGUUGUCGCUUAAGGCCGGAGGAGUGGGUCUAAAUCUGAUCGGUGGAAACCAUCUUUUCGUGUUGGACAUUCACUGGAAUCCUGCUCUGGAGAACCAAGCCUGCGAUCGCAUCUAUCGUCUCGGCCAAAAGAAGAAAGUCUUCAUUCAUAAGUUUGUAUGCGAAAAUACUAUUGAAGAGAAGAUCGUAUCAUUUCAAAAAAACAAAAUGAAUCUAGCAAAUAACAUAUUAAGCACAAACAGCAAAAGUCAAAUAACUCUAAAAGAUUUUUAUGAGUUACUUCAGAUUUAAUGCACGAGUCCAGUUAGUUUUUAACUUCUAUAGAAUGUUUUCUUGCAUUCUGAUGGAAUUUAUUUAUCUAACCGAACAUAUCUGUGAUACGUAUCUGUUUUAUAUGACUGUGAUAAAUUAUUUUUUUAAUCCGA